ACGCCAAACAUUGUUGGUUUUAGUGAUGAUGAUAUUAAGUUGGACGGAAACACUGCACUCUUAUUAGAAAAACUGAUAGAUCUUAAAGGCGAAUGUUUUAUCAACAUAUUUAUAGACUGUGGAAUUAAUGUUGAAAGUCUACAGUACAUGACCACUGAACAUUUGAACACACUUUGUCCGUCCCAGAAUUUUGGGCAACGUAUGAUCUUUGAACAUCACUUGAAAAAAUGGCAGGCAAGUUGCUUAUUUACCUACUUUUUUUAAUAAUAGUAAUACUUAAAAUAUAUUUUUAUAGUCAUAAGUAGGGUUAGGAUGUUUAUGACCUUAAAAACACAUGUAAAUAUUCCCAAUAAAUAUGAUAAAUUCAUAUAAUAUAGUUUAAAAAAAUAUUUAUUUCAGGAACAAAUUGAUACCAGCAGCUCUAUAAAUUCAAUUAAAUCUGUUUCAUGUAGUUCAAGCUCAUCAUCAGUGUCUAUGGAUAAAGAUAUGUUUGAUGUAGAAAGUAUACUGAAGAAAUCACCCAAAGGAAAUAUUGUGCUAAGUUAUUUUAAUAAAAAUAAUGUACUGUCUGAAGCUUGUAGAAAAAAUAUUGUUGAAACUAUUGUUGAGCACUUAAUUGAAAAUAAAAUACAUGCUUCCCCAAAAUGUAUGGAAAAUAUUGCUGAUAGUAUUGUUAAAUUGUUCAAUGUUGAAGUAAAGGAAGCAUAUUUCAUAAAUGUUCCAAAGAAAAAACCUAAAGGCAUGUUGUAUCAAAAGUACCACAAUACGAUUACUAAAUUAAAACGACAAGACCUUUGGGAGAAAAAUGCAAAAUCAAAUUUGAAUGGUGAUCGAUUAUUUGAUAAAUCUGUUGAAAAUUCUCCUUUAACUAUUGAAACUGAUGAUCCUACAAUAUUGAGUUUUAAGAGAUGGCUCCAAUUUAAUGUCGACCCUUUAGAAGAAGUUCUGACCAAAUGGAAACAAACAAUCGAACAUAGACGACAUUUCCUUGCAUUAAGUAGUAAUGAAAUAACUGAUAUAUUAGACCAUUGGCCUAUCUAUAAACAAUCUUAUGCUCCUCAAUUGAUUGAUAUUGAUUUUGAGUUUAUUUAUCCUGGUAAAAGUAACAAUCUAUUUGACACUUGGAGCACUUUUGUACAUAAAAUAAUACCUUUUAUGACAGUUAAAAUAAAAGAUGGACAUAGUAAAGAUCUUCUUAAACAGAUGCUUGAGCUUCCAGAAUCUGAUUUAGAAAUGAAAAAUGUAUUAAUAUUCGCACUUUUAAAUUCACUAAUUGUACCAACAUCCAAGACCAGCUAUACAGACAGGGAAACAAAAAGAAAACGUUACAUCAAAACAUCAAUUGCUGAUGGACGAGAAUCAUUUCUGCUUUAUGUAUCAACGUUAAAUGAUUUAUAUGUUCAAAUACAAAAUCGAAUUGAUCAUUGUUUUGAGACUAAACAAAAGUUGCAGCCAUUCAUUUGCAUCAUUGGUUCAAAUUAUGUAAGUUGUGAUGAGUUCUAUGUUUAUUACUUCGGAACCUAUUACAAAUUUAACAACAUUGUUCGUGCUGUCGACAUAUGCUUUAAAAUAUUUCAAGUAUUCAAUUUAAACUACCCACAUCAAAGUGAGCUAGUUUGGACAUUUAUUCAAAAGUUUAUAUUUAAAAUAAAUACAGACAGUGAUGUACAAUGUUCUUCACUAGCGUCUUUGUUGUCAGAUUUAAAUAAUCCCUAGUUUGUUUAUAUUUUUAAAUUCACAUUAUUU